AAAUAAAUAAUGUUUACCUUCCUGUUCAGAAAUUAGACAGGCAUGUCAAGUGUUGUUGCAAACAUUGACCUUUCUUCAGAAUCUCUCAAAUCUAUCACCAGUGAUGCCAGUCAUAUGCAGUACAUUCCAUGCCACAUUGAAUUUGAUGGGGAAGCCAAUUUGAACAAAUACUUCACUCCAUUUGUACAAAAGAAGUUGGAUGAAUCCCAUGAAAAAUGUUUAACUUCCUCAUUCCGUGGAUAUCCUUUGUGUGGCAAACAAAUGAAAGUUCCAGAUAAUUUUGUUGGUGUUGUAAUGAAAGAGAGUAAAAGUGUAGAACCGGAGAAUGCCAAUGUAAGCAACGGAGAGGCCAGUGAUGUUGUUGAGCCAACUAUAAAAAACCUUAAAGGAGUGUGUGCUUUCGACCAAUUCACUUACUGGAACUGGGACAGACAGCCUGGGCACGCUGACAAAUAUCAGCAAGCGCUAGACUGGCUCGAGCUGUCUCUCGAGAUCCAUGGCGACUUGCCGGUCAAGACUGAGCAGUGACUUCAUCACAACGAUCGUUCCUGUUGUCUGCACUUUAAAAUUAUAUGAAAAUCAGUAUUGUGAAUUAUUUUAAUUAAUGUUACUUGAUUUUAUUCAGGUUUUUCAAUUACAUGCACUUUGAAUAAAUGAACUUAGAGGAGCGGCUGAAACUGCACCUCUUCCUUGGUGCCCUUCAGAGUUUUAGAUCAAAAAUAGGAGAAUAAUUAACAAGGGGACAAAAAUGUAGGAGUAUAUUGUCGUAAUGUGAACAUUUUGACAUCAAAAACCGAAGCUAUCAGAUGAAAUUACUUACAUAGGUUCCAGUAACAAUAAUUCUAAAAUUUGAACAAAUGAAUUGAACGUUUUAUGGAGAGAUCAUUAAUAAAUAUUAUGAAAAGAG